AUGACAUCGCUCCACUCGCGCAUUCGCCGGUGCCCCGCAAUCCUCGCUCGAGUAGUUGCACUCCUGGCUCAAGUCGUCGUGCGCCUCAUCACGGUCAUACUCUCGCUCCUUGUCCGCCUUGUGUUUCACGUCCUCGAUCAGCUACGCGUGCGUCGCGUUCCUUAUUUGCACCACAGCGCGGACGCUAUGAUCCAGCCAAAUGCGAGUGAAGAUGACAAGGUCACCGGAGCGACGACGACGACCGAGCUCGUCGCCACCAUGGAGACGCUGACGAUGCGCCUCGUUGCGCUGCAGAAGGGGCCGCCGUCCUCUGAGCAAGGCUGCAACGAGCUGCUGUGUGACGUCGCUGGCCAACUCAGCACCUCGAGCAGCCCGACAAUCCUGUACUUGCGCAUCCGCGAGCUCGUACGAUGCAUUGAAGUCCUUGAGUCGGAGCGUCGCCGGCUGGACUAUCAAUGA